GUUUAUUGUUGACAAUUAAAAUUCUUCCCUUAAUAUUCACAAUGUUUCAGAAUAUUAAUGAAAUUGAUUCGAUUUAAUUACAUUUAAUCUACUAUGUGGACUUUGUUUUCCUUUUUUGUUUAUCUUUUUCUCUGAGAAAUUUAUUCAUUUAACAGACACUAAUUAACAUGAUUACAUUUGUGGUGAUCACAAAGUCUUUCAAAUUGAUUUAAUUUACCAACAAUUAACCAUUUUAGAAGAUGAAUUGUUCCAAAUUUUAAUCAAGUGCCAAUUUGAUUGUAUUUUUGUUUUCAUCAACCUUUUCCCCAAUGGAUCCAAUCAACGGUGCUCCAAUUACUUUACCAUCUCAUAUUUCAAGGCCUAAUCACCAAUUGUGUGGUCAUAUUUUCGGGAAAGGAAGGACAAGAUUUGGACUACUCAAAGAUAAUCGGACAUGUGAACUUCUCAAGCCAAUAACUGAUGUCCGAGGUAAACGGGAAUAUGAAUUUUACCAGAAUAUCUGGAACUCAAAAGAUGACCAGUUGAAAUCAUUUAUCCCCAAAUUUUAUGGUCUCGUUCAUGUUGACAAAAUACCUUUUAUCAAAAUAGAAGAUGCAACCAAUGGAUUAGCUAAUCCAUCUAAUAUGGACAUUAAAAUCGGUAUAAUCACUUAUGAUCCCGAGGCUAAUUCCCAAAAGAUACAAGAUGAAAUGUCCAAAAAUCCUUGGCAAGAAAUCAAUGGCUUCCGAAUUUGUGGAGCUCGAAUUUAUGAUCCAAUGAAGGAUGAUAAUUAUACUAUUCUUGAUACCAAAUUUACUCGACAAUUAAAACCGGAAGAUAUUCCCAAUUUAUUGGAUUUGUUUCUUGGAUCACAAUUAAAUCCUGUCACUAUGAGAGUUAAUCUUUGUGAAACAUAUUUAUCCAAAUUACAAUUGAUUCUCAAUUGGUUUAAUACGAUUAACAUAAAUCACUUGAAGUUCAUCUCAUCAUCUUUACUAUUCAUCCAUUCAUCUGAUAGCAAUCAAAUUAUAUUGAAAAUGAUUGAUUUUGCUCACGUUUUCCCAAAUACACCAAACACCUCAGGAGAAUCUCAAUGUAAAGAUGAUAAUUAUAUCUUUGGAUUGAGUAAAUUAAUUAAUUACUUUGAAAGUUUACUAUCAAAGUUAAAGGAACAACAAAACUAAUUAGAACCAAACAAUUGGUUAAUUGUUUUGUAUUUGUACCGAAAAACAAAAACGAUCCAAUAUUUUGCUUCCAUAUGAAACAUUUUUAAUCUAAUAUUUUAAAUCUAGCGAGCAACAAUUAACUUGAUUGUCAGUAAUAAACUGAACGCCAAUUGUAUCUAAACCAAUUCUGAUUAAUUGUUUGACUUAAAUAUCUCAAUGAUUAUGAUUUAAUCACUUUACUAUUGUUUAAUUUUCUCGAAAAUUUUCUAUUCACUCUGUAUGCUAGUAAAUUGUAAAUGAACAAUUAAGAUUAAAUCAGAUAAUUUAUAUCAAAA